AUGGGGCCGGAUCAACAGCCGCAAAUAGAUGGCUUUGGGCUAACCUUCCCGUUCCCUAUCCGGGUAGCUACCCUCUUAGUUGCAGGUUUUUGGGCAUGGGCGAUCAACCUACACUUCCUGGCAAAGGCCAACAUUGACGUCCCUGCACUUAUCCGAUACCCUUCCCGCUCCUCCCCCGCUCAACGGACACACCAUGCCUCUGCCUACCGACUAGCCACCUUUUUCACAAUCCCGCUGACCCUCUGGUUGCUGGUUUUCUGGAUCGUCACACACUGCAAGUUUGAGCUGGUCGGCCGCUUCGAUUGGAUCCCGCAGUCGGUCUUCAUCAUUCUCCUCCUGAUUCUGAUCUGGCCAUUGAACCGGGCCUCCCGGGCAGGCCGCAUCCGCCUGCUUCUGUCCCUGAAGCGGGUCGCCAUCGGAGGUCUCGCGGAGUCUCAGGAAGGGAAGUUUGGCGAUGUUCUGCUGGCAGAUGCACUGACGAGCUAUGCUCGGGUUCUGGGCGACCUCUACAUCACUUUCUGCAUGUUCUUCACCGACGGUCUGUCGGCCACUUCAAAGCCCAACCGCGCCUGCGGCAAGGAUUUUGUUGUUCCGAUUAUCAUUGCCGUUCCGAGCGCGAUCCGCCUUCGCCAGUGCUUGACGGAGUAUGCGCGGGCACGCCGGACAAGCUCACGACGGGAUGUGAGCCGGGAAAACCAACACUUGGCCAACGCUUUGAAGUAUGCCACUGCGUUCCCGGUGAUCUUCCUGGCCGCCAAGCUCCGCAACUAUAGUCCACUGGACCUUCAUGGAUUCAGCGAGAUGACUAUUAUGCGUCUUCUGUUCAUCUUCUCAUGUAUCAAUUCUGGCUACUCGUUCUGGUGGGACGUGGUGAAGGAUUGGGACCUGACGCUUUUCUCCUCCGAACGCCGGCACCGAGACCAUCCGUACGGUUUACGACGGCACCGCUACUUUUCUUCCGAUCGGUUGUACCACUACGUCAUCGUGGCGGACCUUGCUCUCCGUUUCUCAUGGCUGUGGCGCGUGUUCCCGGGACUCGCAUGGCUGUCUGAAACCGAAUGUGGCCUGUUCUUGCUCAUGUUCCUCGAGGUAGCGCGCCGCUGGAUGUGGGUGUUCUUCCGCGUCGAGGCCGAAUGGAUCCGGAACACCCACGGUGCCGGUCCCGACGACGUUCUACUUGGCGAGUACAACCACAAAUUCGUUGCGGAUUGA